AGACAAAUCUUAGACAGAAGACAGGAAAAGACUGAAGAAGGAUGUAAGGGAGAAUAUUUAGACAGAAUAAAGGAUUUUUUUAGAUUACAAAUUACUUCCUUUUUCUAACAAGGAAUAGUUGUCUAAUUUAUCUGUAUUUUCAGACUUCAUUUUGAGAUCAUCAUUUUUGUUCCGGUCACUUCAGUAACCCAAGGCUUCUUCAACUACUUUUCGUUUCUGUUCCUGGACAUGGAUGAGUUUGUUUGUAAUAAAUUAACAGAAUGGGGUCUCGGCAUGUUGAUAGAGAGAUUUGAAGAUGAAGGCAUUGACACAGAAAGUCUUUACUGUCUCGGUGAUCAGGAAAUUGAUGCCUUGAUCACAAAAGUGGGACCAAGAGCAAAAUUCAAGAAGAGACUCAAGUUGUUAAAGGCAGAACAAAACCCAGCACAUCAGGAAACAGUUGAUUCUUCUGCUCACGAGCAUGAAGAAGCAGCUGAUUCUGCUCAGCUCUGCCAGUCCAUCAGUGACAAAAAGGAUAAAGGAAAGAGAAAGUUGGAUUUUCAGGGUAAGUCCACCAAAUUUCAGUCACCAGCCAGUAAACGACGAUGUGACAACAAACUGGCAUCAUACUCAGAAGAAAAAAUACUCUCUAAUGUGAAAAAAACAAUGAACUAUGUUCAUAUGAGACUACAAAACGAAGACAACACAAGGUUCAACGCUUUCCUUAAGAAUAAAAUCUGUGACUUGGAAACAGACAAGAGGGAGCUGGUCGGUGUGUUUGGUAAAACCGGAGCUGGAAAGAGCUCUCUGAUAAAUGCUGUUAUUGGAGUGAGGAAUCUUUUGCCCUCUGGAAGUGUCAGUGCAUGUACCUCAGUCAUGAUUAAAGUGGAGGCUAACAAGAAAAACUCAAAGUACGAGGCAGACAUUGAGUUCAUAACAAAAGAGGAGUGGAAAGAUGAAUUGUGGUCUGUGUAUCAUAUUCUUCGGGAUGCAGAUCAGGAAAAGGAAGAUGAUGAUGAUUAUCGUGACACUGUUGAAAAGCUAUCAGCACUGUAUGGAGAAGAAUGGGAAAACAUACCACCUGAAAACAUCAUGGACAGCAAAUAUUUCAAAGAAAUUCCUGAAUUUCUUAUUUCCAAGAGGAAGAUUUUGACAUGUGAAUCAGCUGAAGAGUUGUCUGCAAAAUGUUUGAAAUACACGAGAAGUGACUCAAAAGUGGGACAGAGUGGGAAGAGGUGGUACUGGCCACUAGUGAAGUGUGUGACUGUCAGGGUGCCUGAUAAUGAUCUUCUCCAGCAUGUCACACUUGUGGAUCUUCCUGGAAAUGGGGACCGUAACAAGAGCAGAGAUAAAAUGUGGAAAGAGAUUGUUGGAAGUUGUUCUACUGUGUGGAUUGUCACUGACAUUAAUCGAGCAGCAUCAGAGAAAGAACCCUGGGAGAUCCUGCAGGACGCCAGUAGCCUCAUGGGAAAUGGUGGCGAGUGUCAGCGCAUUCACUUUAUCUGCAGCAAGUCUGAUCAUAUUGAAGAUUCAGAUGAUCAAUCAGCAGCUGGUGAUUAUGCUCUCAUACUUAAAAGAAACAUGGAAGCCAAGGAAACAGUGAUGACAGAAUUCAGAAAACAAACCAAGAUUAAGAAACACUUCAGUGAUGAGUAUUUUAAAGUGUUCACAGUGAGCUCCAAAGAGUUUCUGAAAAACAAACGUCUAAGACGAGAUGACACUGAAAUACCCAAACUGCAGGAAUUUCUGCAAGAGCUCAAUGACUGUCACUCAGUGACAUUAAACUAUGUGUCUGGAGCUUAUGGGAUUCUCUCUCUGAUUCAAGGGGCGAGAUGCAGGGAAGUGGCUGGAAAAAAGAAAGAGGUGUGCACAGAACUUGAAGAAAACAUAAGGCAGGAACUUGAAAAAGUCAGAAAACCCAUGGAAGAGGCUUCUGAGGCUUUUGAAAAAUGCCUUACUGAGGGGGUUGAAAAUUCAAAACGUUCAUGUGAAGCUAAGUUGAAAUCCAUCUUACAUCCUAGAGGUGUUGCAGUUCACGGUUUUCACAAGAUAUUGAAGUGUGUAGUUGAGAAUAACGGCAUCUAUAAACCAAAAAAAAGGAGACAAAUAAACAUCAAUGAGAAGUUAAGUUCAUGUCUGACUGACAGCAUCGAUGAGGAAUUCAGGAAGACCUUCCCAAAUGAAGGAAAAUGUGGACCAUUCAAAGGAGUCAUCAGUGCGUUUUCACUUGACACAGAGAGGCUGAUACAAAAGUACAAAGAGGUCGAGCUGCAGCUGACUUUUCUCCAGACAGAGGAGGAAAAGAUUAAGGCAAAACUCAACAAACUCAUCCGUAAGCGCAAGAAAACAAUCUACAGCAGUCUGACAUGGACAAUUGAGGAAAACAUGCAAGAAUGCUAUAGAAAAGCAGCAGAAUUUAGAGGACAGGGCACACUGGAAAACAUGAGGCACACCAUUGAGAGGCAUGUACAUGAUUCAAAGAACACCAUGUUUGAUCAGGCUAAAGAUUCUCUGUUGGUCUACCUCACCAACUUAAAGCGGGACAUCCUGGAGGAACUUGAAAAAACCCUGAAGGAAUCAACUGAGGUGUCACUCAAGACACAUGAUUACGCAAUCCCAGAUGUUUCAGAAGACAUUGACAUGGUAAAGAGUCACUAUGAUGAACUGAAGCCGAGCCUAGAUGAAGAAACAUCACUAAUUGGUAGCACUGAUCCUCCUGGCCCAGCUGCUCUGAGUCCAUGACUUCUGCAGGUUUGCUCAGUGGAGAGAAGCAGCAGAGGCCUGAUGACCCGCUGAAUGUCCCUGCAGGCAUGAGGGCUCGGGAUAUGUUCAAGUUAUUGUUCUUGCUUUGUGUUUUUCAUGAUUUAACAGUGUUUAUAUAAUACAUUUUCAUGUUUUUUCUGUGAUUUUAUAUUAUGACUUUGUUGCUGGUAGAUUUUGAUAGAAGUCUCUCUGAUUUUAUGAUUGUUUGAACUUGAAUACAGGAUUUAAUGGUAGGUUGGAUUUCUAGUUCAGUUCACCUAAUGUACAAAAAGACAUACUGUAUUUUUCAACAUAUACCAAGUGAUUGUUAGCAGAGUAGAUUGUUUUGGUUUUAUCAGUCAAAUUUUUUAGAUGCCUGUUGUAAUGGAAAAAGCCGUUUUCCUCCAUUUCAUGUAACAUUUUCUUUUAAUCGGACUGGAUAUUCUCUUUUAAUGUAUGAACAAACUGUAUGAACUGAUCUCCACAAAUAAAUGAACAGUUAAUGAUUAAGCAAGAUAAACAUACUUUUUACCCUGGAUGAAAGUUGAACUGUUCGCUUAAACAUGUGUAUUUGAUAGUCACUGUAUAAAAGAGCUAAGUUAGAGAUUGGAUGGUGUCCAGACUCUUGAUACCGUUGUGGUUGAGAGAGACUGCACCCUAUUUGGCUAAAUAGUAAUGUGUUCAUACUUGCCUCUGUUUAUGAUCAUUGUGUUGAUUGCUGGUUGUUCAUUCUAAUUUGACAUAUUGUUCAGUAAUAAAUCUUUGAAUCUUGA